UGUACUAUUACUUAUGCAAGUCCAUCCAUUGGGAAAGACAUAGUCCAUCUUCCAACGAAUGAGAUGGUCGAGGAGCUAAUUACACCGUUUGUGAUGAGACAAAGAGGAGGAACAACAUUGAUACCACCCAUCAUCAUCCCUGCUGCUGCUGCUGCUGCUGUUUUUUGAUGAGUUGGUGAAUGUGAAAUAUAAAUUCCUUCAUCACCAACAUCAACUCACUUUACUCUCAUCUUCACAUCUAGAUGAUCAAAGCCAAGAAGAAGAAGAUGAGGAGAAUUAUGGAGUGAGAUAUGAAUUGAUAUGUGAUGGGUGCAUCACUCCUAUAACUAGUAGUAAAAAUUACUACUAUAUGAGUUGCAGUGAAUGCAAAUACAAUCUUCACAUUGCCUGCUUUCACUUGCCACCUCAACUCUCUUCUCUUUCACCCCACCACCAAAAACAUGAUGAUGAUGAUCACCACCUACUCCUCCAAUCUGGUGACAAACUUCAACCUUGGACACAGGAAAUGUGCAGUGUCUGUGAGUAUCGUAUGAAUGGGUUGUUUUACCGUUGUGGAGAGUGCAGCUUCAAAGUAGAUAUCAAGUGCGCUUGUAUGCCAGAUACCAUACAUCACGAAGCUCACCCGCAACAUCUCCUCAAUCAUGUGGCUGAGGAUGACCUAGACAGAGAUAAGGACAACUCAAGACGCUUUUUGUGUGCUAGUUGCGAUGUGAAUGCAUCUUAUUAUGAUUGUUACAGGUGUUGCAACAGCUCUUGUGAUUUCAUCGUGCAUGUUAGAUGCGUUGUGUUGCCAGCAUCAGUCAGCAGCCGUAGAUGGGACAGGCGCCACCAGCUGUUGUUGACGUACGACGCCACUCUCAACCAUCCUGGUGACUUCUACUGUGAUCAAUGCGAAACACGAAUGAAUCCCAAGGGCUGGAUGUAUCACUGCCGCACCUGCGAUCUAUCCUUUCAUCCUAUAUGCUUUCAAACUACAUCCGGCGAGUAUAGAAACAUGAAGUUGGGGCAGGAAUAUGUGAGUGCCGCAACCCACCAACACCCUCUCACCUUUCAACUUCUCACCAUAAAACGCCGCUGUAACAUUUGCCGUUUGGAUAAGCAUGAACGACCUGGAUUUUACUGUGAAUCAUGCAACUUCUUCAUUUGUCUCAACAACUGUGGAGAAGAUAUGAUCGGAACGGGCGACAUGAAGGCCGUCGAUUGAGAGAAAUUAUAUGUUUCAGAUCAGUUGUUCAGUACUCUGGCUAGAAUGAUGAAUCAUAGGUUGUUUACCUCUUUCCUCUAUAAGUGUACUUUAAUGAAACCAUACAUGAGUUACAUAAGUAAUUGAUAGUUUGUUUUA